UGUUCGAACGCAUUUUGUUCUGUCUGCAACCGGCCGCCAUACUCAAACAAAAAGAUUGAGAUGAAAAGAUAAAUUUACUUAGAUCGAACUGGUUGAAAGUGUUGUAAUUUACUAAAUGAGUUCUAAAUCAGAUGUAAAUAGGAGAGUACUCGCCAUUCAGGCGAAAAAGAAACGUCACAAAUUGGGGAAGAAGAAAAAUCGAGAGGAGGAUCACGGCGCUGGUGUACAAGGGAACGGGGUGCGCAAUCAAAAUCAGAAUCGCCUCGAACCAACACACAGUUCUUCCAAUGAAACGAUUGAAGAGGAUGAUGACGAACAAUAUGCUAGUGAUGACGAGGAACAAGAAGAUAGUGCCGACUAUUGUAAGGGUGGUUACCAUCCUGUCAAAAUCGGAGACUUAUUCCUAAAUCGCUACCACGUCACUAGGAAGUUGGGAUGGGGUCAUUUUUCAACGGUAUGGCUCUGUUGGGAUCUUGUCGAUAAGCGAUUCGUCGCUCUGAAAGUAGUCAAGUCAGCGCCGCAUUUCACAGAAACAGCUCUAGACGAAAUUAAAAUACUUAAAGCUGUCCGCGACAGCGACCCUACUGAUCCAAAAAGGAAUAAAACUGUUCAAUUAUUAAAUGAUUUUAAAAUUACAGGUGUAAAUGGCACCCAUGUAUGUAUGGUGUUUGAGGUUCUAGGUCAUCAUCUUUUGAAGUUGAUAUUAAAAUCCAACUACAGAGGAAUACCUCGAGAAAAUGUUAAAACUAUAAUACGACAAGUUUUAGAAGGCUUGGAUUAUCUUCAUACAAAGUGUAAGAUAAUUCACACUGAUAUUAAGCCAGAAAAUGUGUUAGUAUGUGUUGACGAGUCCUAUAUUCGCAAAUUAGCGGCUGAAGCAACAGAAUUACAUUCCUUGGGUCUCAGAUUACCUCAUUCUCUGAUUAGUACGGCACCAAAGGAAUUUCAAGAGCAAGUUGUAACAGGUAAAAUGAGUAGAAAUAAAAAAAAGAAGUUAAAGAAAAAGGCAAAACGCCAAUCUAUGCUACUUAAAAAGCAAAUGGAACAAAUUGAAGAAAUGGAAGAGCAGAAAAAGGUUACAAAUAAUAGUGAGUCUGCACCCAUGUCCCAAGAUAAUGAUGAAUCACCCCAAACUCCAGAUGAGGUGAGUGUUGUAGAGACUCGAUCUGAAAAUGAUUCUACAGUAAAUGGGUGCAAUGAUAAUCAAAGAGCUGAUGAGGAGGCGUUUGAUACUGACGCAGAUGCUGUGCAAGUGAGAACUAAGCAGUACAGCUGUGGUGAUGAUGCAGGCACUCCAAUGUCAGAAGGAGAAAUGACUGACACACCACCAUCCUUUAAUUCUCAAAAUAAAAAAUCUCUUGAUAAAAGACCUGACCCUGCAUUUGAUAUUUGUGAUGUUGAAGUAAAGAUUGCAGAUUUAGGCAAUGCUUGCUGGGUUCACCGCCACUUCACAGAAGACAUACAGACCCGGCAAUAUAGGUCAUUAGAGGUUUUACUCAGUGCUGGCUAUGGAACAUCAGCUGACAUUUGGAGUACCGCAUGUAUGGCAUUUGAAUUAGCAACAGGAGAUUAUCUUUUUGAACCUCAUUCUGGAGAAGGAUAUAGUCGAGAUGAAGAUCAUCUAGCUCAUAUAAUCGAGCUAUUAGGUGACAUUCCCAAGAGGAUUGCUGCAUCUGGGAAAUAUUCAAAAAUAUUCUUCAAUAAAAAGGGUGAAUUGAGAAAUAUAACUGGCCUGAAACCGUGGGGAUUAGUAUCUGUAUUAACUGAAAAAUAUGAAUGGAGUCAGAGUGAUGCAGAAGAAUUCGCUGAUUUCUUAAAACCUAUGUUAGAUUUUGAUCCAAAUCGGCGAGCCACUGCAUAUGAGUGCCUUCAGCACCCCUGGCUGAAGCUGGCCAAACAAGAACAAACUGAAUCUGAGGAUAAUUGAAGCUGCUCUCUUUGAUGUAUGAAUGAUUGUUAACAUUCAUAAAAUCAGUAGUGUCAACUUACUAUUUCAAUGUUUUAUGUUUUAAUCAAAAGUUUAUUUAUGGAUUUGUUUGUGAAUGGUUUCAUUUGUACUUGUAUUGUUAGCUGUCCUUGAUUCCAUAAAUUAUGUACAAUAUAAUUGAUGCUGAUAAAGAGAUAUAGUAUAUUAAAGUAGCAAUGUAUAUAAUACACCUGCUGCUCAAAUGUAGUGCAUCAAAUUAGAUGAGCAUUAUUGGCAUUCAGAUAACACCAAUUACCAAAAUUGUACAGAUAGCUGUAGUAAAAAUUGUGAUGUAUGAUGAUAGACAAUAUAGGUUUUAUCACAUUAACCUUUAGGAAUUUAUUAGUUGAUUUAGUAAUGCACUAAAGCCACUCUUAAUGUGAGAAACCUUAAGAUGUCGAGCAUGUAUACUGUAGCCAUUCAGGUAGUAGAUAUUUCACAUAGUUUAAGUUUGUCUUUUAUCACUAUCACAAAAAUCUCAUAAUGUAAACUAGAAAGUAAGACAGUAUUUGUAAUACCACAAUUCCGAGACUGCCUUUUUAUAUUUGAUGAGUCACUUAAAUUUACAAUGGUUGGAGUUAAUACAGAGGCAGCGUGAUACAGUGACCUUAACCAGUUGAUAUAGUUAUAUUAUUAUUUAACAUAGAUCCCGAUUUACAUGACCAUAAUUUGUAUUAAUUAUAUCUGCAAAUUUACAUGAAUAAAAUUAUAAAACGAGCUUGUUACUAUUGAUUUUUACUUUGUAUCUCCGCAUUAACCUAACUACACAGUCACUUCAGUUUGUUUUUUGAAUAAUUUUUAUGCUAUUUAAGUUUUGUGUAUUACAAAAAAGGGUGGAGCAGGAAAUAGGUUAUAUUGUCUUGUUAUGCAGCGCCUGUGGCCAUAUUAUUGUAUGUUGGUAACAAUUGUGUUAUAUGAGAUGCUAUGUUACGGUGGCAUGAGCACAUUUAAUUUUAGAUGUGCCAUGAACAGCAAUAGAUUCUUUGAUAAUUAUUAAAAUGACUUCUCCUGCUCUA